UUUGCCCUGUUGAAGCUGAUGCCUACUUCCAAGGUCGCUCCUCUCGGAAUAAGCAAGAAGCAGAAAACUAUUAGCCUCCCCCGUCUGGAACUGUCUGGUGCGUUACUCUUAAGUCAUCUGUUCCAGAAAGUUAAGCAAAGUUUGAAAGUCGAGAUUAAGUGCUACUACUGGGUCGACUCCACCAUCGUAUUACAUUGGCUAGCAGGAACUCCAUCUCGGUGGAAGACAUUUGUAGCCAAUAGAGUCUCCGAAAUACAGCAUCUGACCCGUCAUGGAAUUUGGAGACACGUGGCAGGGUUGGAGAACCCCGCCGACAUAAUUUCUCGUGGGAUGCUACCAACGCAGCUGAAAGAAACGGACCUCUGGUGGUACGGUCCAACAUGGCUACAGCAGACGCCCAGGUUUUGGCCUUCCCACAUACGCACGUCCGAUGACGAGUUUGUCGCCGAAGACCUAGAAGAACGAUCGAUCGCUUUGCCAAUACAAGUUCAUACGACAAACCCCAUCAUCUCCUUAAGAUCAUCGUUUCCGGCAUUAGUCCGCCUAGUAGCGCUGUUACGAAGAUUCGGCCAUAAUAGCAGACCUGCCAACCGGCAACAUCGAAAAAUCGGAUUCAUCCAGGCACAAGAACUUCAAGAAGCAACCAAUACUCUUGUCCGUAUAGCACAAGCCGAAUCGUUCCAAGAAGAUCUCCGAUCGCUAACCGGCGAUGGUCAAGUCAAGUCGAAUUCGAAACUAAAAAAUCUCCGUCCAAUUAUGGUAGAUGGCAUUCUUCGCAUCGGUGGCCGGCUUCGGAAUGCGCCUGUUUCCGAAGACCGCAAGCAUCCAAUUAUUCUCGGCACACACCAUCCGCUCACUGAGCUUAUUAUAACAUCCUACCAUCAAAGGUUGUUACACGCAGGGCCACAGCUACUGAUAUCGAGUGUGCGUGAGAAGUUCUGGCCUCUACGAGUACGCAACCUGGCGCGGAAAGUUGUACAUAGCUGUGUCAAAUGCUGCAAGACGACAGUGUCGGAUCAAAUGAUGGAAGACCUACCGGUUGGGGGCAGAGUCGAUUUGUGCGGUCCUCUGUUCUACCGGUACCCAAUGAGAAAAUCUAAACCAGUUAAAUGCUAUGUAGCUAUUUUUGUAUGCUUGGCGACAAAAGCGAUUCACAUUGAGCUUGUCGCCGACCUCUCAACUGCCGCAUUCAUCGCGGCGCUGAAGCGUUUCGUAGGCCGCCGUGGCCGUCCAGCAGUGAUUGAAUGUGAUAACGCAAAGAAUUUCGUCGGAGCCUCACGAACCCUUGCGGACCUCAUGGAGCAAUUCCGCUCCCAGCAACACAAACAUGCUGUCACCACUUACUGUGGUGAAGAAGGUAUAUUCUUCAAAUUUAUUCCUCCACGCUCUCCAAAUUUCGGCGGCCUUUGGGAGGCCGCAGUAAGGUCUUUCAAGAAGCAUUUCAAGACAACAAUCGGAACCACGGUACUCCUCAAGGAUGACCUCGAAACGGUCUUAGUUCAGAUCGAGAGCUGCCUAAACUCUCGACCGCUAACGCAGCUGACAUCCGAACCAGAGGACCUGGAAAUACUUACACCAGGGCAUUUUUUGGUUCACCGCCCACUGGUUUCCAUUCCAGAACCUUCGUACGAGAAUGUACCAACCAACCGCCUGGAUCGCUACCAGCAUACGCAAGAAUUUGUCCGGCGCAUUUGGAAGCGUUGGAGUACAGACUACCUCUCUGGACUUCACCCCCGCACGAAAUGGACUCGUUUGCGGGAUAAUAUCAGCAUCGGCACAAUGGUGCUAUUAAAAGACGAUAAUCUUCCGCCGCUAAAGUGGCACUACGGUCGUGUUACCCAAAUUUUCGUGGUGACGAUGGAAAUGUUCGGGUAG